AUGGAGACAAUCAACAUCACCGUGGAUUCUGAUGCAGUCGUCGUCUUCCCGCUUCUGUACUGCUGUAUGGGGGAUGGUCAGAUCGACAAUGAGAUCGAACUGCCCACAGAACACCCGUUCUAUCUUCUCCUCUACGGUUGGAAGUGUCAACAGGUUAAGGGAAUGGAUGUGAAAAAGCAGCGUCUUGAGUAUCGAGCUGGUGGUCUAGCCAAACACGUGCAGUCCUCCCCUAACGACCUUCUCGGUGUGACGACGAACGCUAAUAAAACGGCUGUCACGUUUGUCGUCUGCAGAUAUCAGCGAAAACUUCCCUGCGGUGAUAACUACAUGACAAUAAUUUUGGUGUCGACCAUUGGAGUUUUAGGUUUAGCCAUCACAUUAGUAGCCUGUAUCUGCCGGAAACAUCGAGUUGUUCAUAGGACUCACCGUGUUUUGGAGACAGAAGGAAGCAAGCUGAUCUCUAUCUCAAGCGCCUUGCCAAAAUCCAAAGAAAACGUGGAGCUGGAAAUCGGAUCGAUGCUAAAAAUGGUUCUAGAUGCGGAGUCUCAGAUGACAAUAUAUGAGUUUCUUAUUCAUCCCGAUAAAAUCGAAACUUUGGAGGAAAUCGGAAAAGAAAACUGCGCUUACCCUGAAAUCAGCGCUUUCAUGGAAGAGGCCAUUGUAAUGGCGGGCUUUCGACACGCCAACGUGCUGACAAUGAUCGGUGUGUGUGUCCAUCCAACCACCCACAUCCCCACCCUCGUCUUACCCUUUAUGGAACACGGAGAUCUGCAGAAAUACCUUAGGUCGUUCCGGUAUGAGGAUGAUUUGAAGGACAAGGCACCAGAACUUAACCAACUGUUGUCCUUCUGCCUACAUAUAGCCAGAGGAAUGACCUAUCUGUCUGACAUGAAGUUUGUCCAUCGAGAUCUGGCCGCCAGAAAUUGCAUGCUGGACAGUAACAUGGUGGUCAAGGUGGCGGACUUUGGCUUGACCAGAGACGUUUACUCCAACAGUUAUUAUCGUCAGGACAAGAACAAGUUACUGCCUGUAAAAUGGAUGGCCAUAGAGAGUUUGCGGGAUCGCGUAUUCAGUAUAUGUACCGACGUGUGGUCUUAUGGCGUGACGGUGUGGGAAAUCUUCACCUUGGGAAAAGUACCAUACCCCGAACUGGAGAAUGCCCAGGUACUUCCGGAACUGGAGAAAGGCCAGAGACUUUCCAAACCGGACACUUGCCCGGAUGCUGUAUAUGACUUGGUGCUCAAAUGUUGGUUGGAAAACCCCAAAGAACGACCCACGUUUGUUGACAUAGCUAAAACCAUAGAGGACGUUUUGGCCGGGAUAAGUGAAUAUCUGGACUUGGACAAAGCACCGGCAAGGACUGUUGACAUAUCAUCUGGUGUAAUCUGCUCACCUCAGGAUUUGGCUGACCUUGAGAAGAAGGGAACUCCAACCAAAAUGAAUUAUGUGGAUUACAGAGAAGCCAGCUUUAGAGCCAAAGGUUUCACAGAGAGUCGUAACCUAUAA